GAAGAACCGUAGAGCCAACCACAGAGCGAGGUGCGGCCGGGGGCGGGGCCAGCCCGGCGGAAGUGCGGCUGGCGCUCGGCAUUCUGGAGCCGGAAGUGCGGCGCACGCUUCAAGCUGGUGAUCAUGGCGGGUUCGCCGAGCCAUCCGAGGAAGAGGCGCCUGGCGGAGCUGACGGUGGAUGAGUUCCUGGCCUCAGGCUUCGAUUCCGAGUCCGAGUCGGAGGCAGAAGGAGCUUCCCCAGGGGAGCAGCGGGCGGCGCGCGCAAUCCCCCGGAGUCCUGAGCGGUCGGGCGGCAGCCCCCCGGCCAGCCGGCAUAAGGGCCGUGCAUCAGAGCACAAGGACCAGCUCUCCCGGUUAAAGGACAGAGACCCCGAGUUUUACAAGUUUCUGCAGGAGAAUGACCAGAGCCUGCUCAACUUCAGCGACUCGGACAGCUCUGAGGAUGAGGAGGGGCAGCUCCACACCCUGCCCAACAGGCUGGAGGAAGCAAGUGAGGAGGAGACAGAUAAAGAGGAUGAGGACAGGGGGCUCAGAGACCCAGAGGGCAAGAAGAGGCCUUCGACCCCUGUGACCCUUGGCAUGGUCGAGAGAUGGAAGCAAGCAGCUAAGGAGCGCCUCACCCCCAGGCUGUUCCACCAAGUGGUGCAGGCCUUCCGGGCAGCUGUGGCCACCACACAGGGAGAUCAGGAAGGUGCCGAGGCCAGCAGGUUCCAGGUGUCAGACAGUGCUGUGUUCAAUGCGCUGGUCACCUUCUGUAUCAGGGACCUGCUUGGUUGUCUGCAGAAGCUGCUGUUUGCAAAGACCCCUCAAGACAGCCACAGGCUGCUGCAGCCAGCCAGCAGCCCACUGUGGGGGAAACUCCGGCUGGAUGUCAGGGGCUACCUGAGCGCCAUCAUCCAGUUGGUGGCCUGUGUGGCGGAGCCGUCUGUGGCAGCCGCUGUCUUGCAGCACAUUAACAACGCCGCCCCCUACUUCCUGACCUUCCCCAAACAGUGCCGCAUGCUGCUCAAGAGGAUGGUGGUGCUGUGGAGCACAGGCGAAGAGACACUGCGGGUGCUGGCCUUCCUGGUCCUCGCCCGGGUCUGCCGACACAAGAAAGAAACCCUCUUGAGCCCCAUCCUCAAGCAAAUGUACAUCACUUACGUGCGGAACUGCAAGUUCACCUCACCGGGUGCCCUGCCCCUCAUCAACUUCAUGCAGCGCACACUGACCGAGCUGCUGGCCCUGGACCCCGGCCUGGCCUACCAGCACGCUUUCCUUUACAUCCGCCAGCUGGCCAUCCACCUGCGCAAUGCCAUGGCCACCCGCAAGAAGGAGACCUACCAGUCAGUGUACAACUGGCAGUUCGUGCACUGCCUCUUCCUGUGGGGCCGUGUGCUUAGCACCAUCUGCCCCCGUGACGCACUGCAGCCUUUGGUCUACCCCCUUGCCCAGGUGAUCAUCGGCUGUAUCAAGCUAGUCCCCACAGCCCGCUUCUACCCACUGCGCCUGCACUGCGUGCGUGCCCUCACACUGUUGUCAGAGAAUACAGGCACCUUCAUUCCUGUGCUGCCUUUCAUCCUUGAGGUUUUCCAGCAGGUUGACUUCAACCGGAAGCCAGGGCGUAUGAGCCCCAAGCCCAUCAACUUUGCUGUCAUCCUUAAGCUGUCCAAGGUCAACCUGCAGGAGAAGGCCUACCGAGAUGGGCUAGUGGAGCAGCUGUACGACGUCACGCUGGAGUACAUGCACAGCCAGGCCCACAGCAUCGCCUUCCCUGAGCUGGCGCUACCCGCUGUGCUGCAGCUCAAGUCCUUCCUGCGUGAGUGCAAGGUGGCCAACUACUGCCGGCAGGUGCGCCAGCUGUUGGAGAAGGUGCAGGAGAAUGCCACACACAUUUGUAGUGGGCGCCAGGGGCUCACCAUCGGUGUGGCAGACCAGCAAGCGGUGGAUGCCUGGGAACAGCAGACCCGCCAGGCUGGCACCCCACUCAGCAGGUACUACAGCCAGUGGCGGAAGCUGAGGGACCGUGAGAUUCAGCUAGAGAUCAGCGGCAAGGAGCGGCUAGAAGACCUGAACUUCCCAGAGAUCAAACGGCGCAAGCUUGGGGACAGGAAGGAGGAGGACAGGGCAGCAUUCAAGGACCUGUUUGACCUGGACAGCGAUGAGGAUGAGGACACCUUCUCAAACAAAGCGACAUCUGGGUGUCUGAGAGUCUCUCAGGAGGAGGAGGAAGAAGAGGGCAGCAGCAGCAGUGACCAAGAGGAAGAAGGCAGCAGCUCGGAGGAUGGAGGUGCAGACGCAGACGCAGAGGCGGGGCUGGAGCCUGGGGAGCUGUGGCGGCUGGCCCAGGGGCCGGAGGACGAACUGGAGGACCUGGAGCUCUCAGAGGAAGAGGACUGAGGGCUUCCUGCCAGGCACCCACCCAGGCACCCUGAGGUGCCAUGGAACAUAGGCCAGAGCCAGAGGACAGGCUUUUAUUUUUACAUGAUACUAGAGAGUACCAAGGGUCAUGCCAUUAUCUGGAACCAUGGCCUGGGGUGGUGAGUGAGGUCCCCUAAGGGCUCUGCUGUGACCCUGCCUGAGGUCAGGGUGCUGGGACCACUCCAGGAGGGUGCAAGACUAGCUGUCCCCUUCCUGUCUUUGGUUUGUCUGUGGGGUCAGCCCCACUCCCCAGGCCAUCUGCACCAGGUGCUGCUAGUCACUCACAGAAAGUCUUUCCUUUUGAA